GACUCUCUCUGAGCUGUAAGACAGGUCACAAGGGCUGGAGUUCCCACCUCACGGUCAUGAGAGGGAACACACACUGAGAGAAGGGAAAGAGGUUGUUCUGUUGCCCCCCUCAGCAUGGGGUCCUCUGCAGAGUUUAGGGUUAGUGUUCUGCUUCUCCUCGUCUCCUCUGUGGGGAACAUCCUCCUGGUGUCCGGUGGAUGUUCGGGGAAAUGCUGCAGAGGAAGAGACCUGAGCUGCGUGACCACCGACUGGAGGAUGGACCGGGUGUACGGGACUUGUUUCUGCGAUAAAAGCUGCGAUAAGACCCGGGACUGCUGCUUCGAUUACUUCACCGAGUGCCCAGCUCAGGACUGCCUCAGUGAGUUGAAUGAGUUUUUGGAGCGGCCUGUUUGCAGAGUUCCUGCCAUGCCUUCACGUGAUGGAUUCAGGUUUAACAGCGGGGGGGCGUGUCCUAAUCUGAUUGGCAAACAGAGAGGCUUGCUGGGGAGUACCAGAGACCUGCGGGGAGAACACUGUGCACACAACGCAGGCCCUGCAUUCAUCACCAGCAUGGAGUUUGGCAAAGGGAGGCCCAAACACGACAAAUAUGGAAACCCCCUCGACCCCGGGUUCUGUGUGGAGUUCACCUUUCAGUCCCGGACCCCCCACUGCUCGGUGCAGAACCAGCCACACACACACUGGAUGCGCUACAUCACAGAGGGGUACAAAGUGUGUGUGGCGUGUGAACCUCCGGCCAUGAAGAACAACUCGGGACGCUGCCAGGGAGACGGCCUGCAGGACGACAAGGAAGUUCUGCUCCACUGGCAGGCGGUCGGGAACCAUCAGUGCAGCGGGACCUGGAAGAAGAUCCAGAAAACCCAGCGGUGCGACUGUCUGCCCCAACACAGCUUCGUCUUCAUCUGAUCCACACACAGCACCACAGACAUCCUAUAAAACACACAUUCAGCAGCCAAACAAACCCUCAUCAGAGAGGCUGAAACCCUGCAGGCUCUCAGUCAGAACAGACUUCAAGGGAGGGUUUGAAGUGAGGUGGUGUGAAGGACUUCUCCAUAUUUGUAUUUUAAACCCACAGUAGAUGCAGUUUGGAGAAGCACACAGGAUUUCCAGCUAAGAAAAGUACUGCUGUUAACAGAAGGAGCAGAAAGCAUAUUGUAGAAACCUUAAAAAAGCGUGCAUUUUUAUAUCAAAGCCACCAGACAGACUCCAUUGAUGAAAACAGUCAUUUUACCUCGAAGAAAACCGGAGUUGCUGCUCCAACGCUGCCUUAAAAUAUGAUGUUUUUGUUGUGUUAGUGUGACUUUGGUGAAUUCAAACACUUAAGUCACACAAUAGUUCAAGGUACAAUUACAGAUAGAAAGGACUGUAGUUUGUACACUGACUGUGGAGAAGUACCUCAUACAACCACACUUCAAAACAUCCUUUAAAACUAAUUGUGCUCCACGUUGAUAUCAAAGCAUGUUCACAUCCAUGUUGUAGCUUGUACAGUAUUUCACCUCUUUAAUCACAUUAAGCGCUUCAUAUUCAUAAGUUGUUUUUGCAGAUUUUUAUUGUAACAAACCACUGUUGUAUUCCUUUUUUGAACAAUAUUUCUGCCAUACAUUUUUAACUUAAACAAUAACAUCUUUGAAAAAAAAAAAAAACCCUCAUAGAGGGCGAAAAGGUAGCUCUGUGCUGCCCUCUGGUGGUUA